UAAGUUCCAUAUCGUGAUCAGGCCGCUGCAAAUUUGGGCACGACGACGUUGCAUGAGCGGCUGGUUGGAAGGGCCGUGCAGGGAGAAUAACAGGAGGAACGUCAAAGUCAAUAAAGGGGAUGUCACGGCGGCGGCGGCGGCUGAGAAUGAUAAGAGCCGGGAAGAGGCAAGGCAGCGACCUGCAGGUAGCAGCUGCUGGACGCCUCAUCCUCGUACCGGAAUAUACUUUCCGGCGGGACACGAAGGAAUCUUGGAUGACGUCCCCACAGGUGCUGCAGCUCUUACUCAGACUCACUGGUUGAGGAACGUCGAUGGCGCCGUUGACCACAAACCUUAAGUCCUUGUCUUGAUGACGCCUCACGGACCUUAUACUGGCACAGAAUAUAUAACAACCAAGCUAUUUGAAUUAUAUGCUUGUACAAAAUAUUCUAAUUAAUCAAUAUGAAAAGUGUACCGUGUACUUUAUGAUAGUUAAAGUAGGUCACCUUUAUUUAUUGAGAAAAUUCCCUGGAGUAGUGUUGGAAAUAAGUGAAGAAAGAUUUGAGAAAUUGGGAGGAUAAAUUAGAAAUAUUAUGGAAGAGAUAUAUGAACAAAAGAGAAGAACG